GCUUGUGUAACCGGAAGUAAAUAAAGAUGUCCAUAAACAUGGCGGCUAGCGGUCGCAAAGUAGAACCUGGUGAUGGAAAUGAAUUUCCUAAGCCAGGAGAUGAGAAUAGUGCAACUUCAAGUACAGAGGAUAUUUUUGGUAAAGUUGUACCCAUUCACAAACAACUAAGUGAUGUGGGGCAGUUCUCCUACGCUGCCCUCUGUGCUACUGCAUUGCACACACAGUUUGAAGGAGAAAAUGACAGCAAAUUCAGGGAAGAGGCACUCGCCGUCAUCCUCAUCUCUUUAGAACAACCUCAGCAGGUGUGUGAGUCGGUGAGGGCGAUGCUUCAAGGUCACGGUCAAGAUGACAUGGAUCCCUUCAUCGACAUACUGCUCGCUGAGGAAGUUCUCCAGAAAGGGGCUGAAUCCAUUGUCUCUCAACUGUUGGCUAUUGCAAUCGGCAAAGGGUCAUACGACGCUCGCAUGAGAGUGGUGAUCAAACAUCUGGCCUGGAGGCUGCGUGUCUCGUGGGACGCUGUGGAAGAGAUUGAGAGUGAGAUGUCCGAGACGCUGGCCAUGGCGCAGUAUGAGAUGUCAGAGAUGGAAAGCGCUGACAUGGAGGAGCAGAAGCAGGAGAAAAAGAAGAAGGAAAAACAACGUAAGCUCAAGCGCUACGCUUUGAUUGGUCUGGCUACUGUGGGUGGUGGCACUUUGAUAGGACUGACCGGCGGUCUGGCAGCCCCUCUGGUCGCCGCAGGUGCUGGGGCCAUCAUCGGAGGCGCGGGUGCGGCCGUCCUCGGAACCACGGCGGGCGUAGCUCUCAUCGGGUCUCUGUUUGGUGUGGCGGGCGCGGGACUCACAGGAUACAAAAUGAAGAAAAGAGUUGGUGCCAUUGAGGAGUUUGAGUUUGAACCACUAGUCUGUGGCAACACGCUGCGUGUGGAUUCGCUGGCAACCAAGCAGCUGCACAUCACGAUAGCUGUGACGGGCUGGCUGUCCAAUCAGAUGAAAGACUUCCGGCGGCCUUGGAAACACCUGGCUUCCUCCCCAGAGCAGUACGUCCUACGCUGGGAGACCAAGUACCUGGUGCCGCUCGGAGAGGCCAUGGACUAUAUCUUCAACUCUGCCAUGGCAAUGGCUACACAGGAGGCUCUCAAAUACACUGUCCUCAAUGGAAUAUUGGCAGCCAUCGCGUGGCCGGCGGCGCUGGUGUCUGCGUCGAACAUCAUUGACAACCCAUGGUCUGUGGCACUACAGAGAGCCCAGGCUGCCGGACGCAUGCUGGCCGAGGUGCUUCUGUCUCGGGAGCAGGGCAACCGUCCCGUCACUCUGAUUGGCUACAGUCUGGGGGCACGGGUCAUCUUCAGCUGUCUGGAGGAGCUCUGCAAAAGGAAAUGUAGCGAAGGUAUUGUGGAGGAUGUGGUGAUGUUGGGUACCCCAGCCACCGGAGAUCCAAAGGUGUGGGCAAUGUUUUCCAAGGUUGUGGCUGGCAAGAUUGUCAACGGCUUCUGCAGGGGAGAUUGGCUGUUGAAGUUUCUGUACCGGACAUCGUCUGUUCAGUUGAGUAUUGCUGGGCUCCGGCCGAUUAGGUGGGCAGACCGACGAAUGCACAACAUUGACCUCAGUGACGUGGUCAACGGUCACAUGGACUACAAAGAGCAGCUGGACACAAUCAUGAAAGCUGUCGGAGUCAAAACUCGUGACGAGGUCACUCGCAUGGCGUCCGGCUCCAAGUUGACUGACAGUGACAAGACCUCUAGUGAAGCCAGUGCAGCCAUGGAUGAACUGUCUAGCUCGGAUGAGGAAGCAUUUGACCAGGGCAAGAUAGCACGGCCUGCUGUGUCCAAGGCACCGGCCACUGGGCCAGUCAUUCUGGAGGACUACUCGAGCCAGGACACCAGGGCCGACGCCGUGGACAGAGAGGUGGACAACAAAGGGAGCCUUCAGCAGUUUGUCAUCCCCGGUUCGGCCAGCUUUGACUCUGGUGUGGACAUCAACCGUGCCGAAUCAGGCUCCAGGGAGAGACUGACCACCCAGGACUCUGUUGACAGAGUGGUGUCCCCUGAAGUGCAGAGUGAUUCGGGUGAUAAGGUUGAGGGUGCUGAUGGGAGGUCAGCUGUGUCGGCGGAGGGUGUGAGCGAAAAACGUCCUGAACCCAGGGGAGAUAAGGAGGAAGGUUCCUCCGGUACUUCGACAAGUCAGAGUUUGACUCAGGCUCCCAAAGACCGAGUAGGAGAUGCUGGAGCCAAUGGUGGGGACUCUACCAGUGACGGCAGUGACCAGCCACAUUUGGAGCCCCCCAUAUCGCAGGCGGAGGACACGGAGAGUAAAGUGGAGGAGCUCACCGGCAGCACUCUCCAGCGCAAGAAAAUGUUUGACAGCAUGUACCGUCUGGUGCUAGAUGAUGAUCUUCUCGAUGACUUUGGUGAUGAAGACGAUGAUGAUGAUGUUGUUGAUGGCGGAGCAAGUGGGAACCUUGGCUCCUAGCUGACCACAGCACUGCUUGUGGCAGGAGCUCAUUCAUCUGUGAUGUCUUGUUGGACCAAUGGUCUAUACCAUGGUGGAAUUGCCCCCCCCCCCUCCCCCAUCCUGCGCUUGUUUUUUGUCUCUAGUUCCCCCACUCACCCCCCCCUAGAACCUCUGCCCCCGCAAACUCGUUGUCAUUGCAUGUCAUUGCAGAGACUUUUGUUUUUUAAUCUGUAUUUAGCAUUUGUGAUUUGUUGAAUCAACGUCUUCAUGAGAUUCUUUUUAAGUUUGGAGAAAGAUGAUUUUGUUGACAAAUUAUAGUACACUUUAGUACUAGCCAUGGGCCAUUUGUGAUAUUUGUGUGGUUUUCUUAAGUUUUAGCAAAUGUCUAAACAAAGUGUUGUCAAGGGACCGCUAUCAUGAGACAUCAUUUUUUGAGUGAUGUAAGAUUGGUUGUACCACUUACACCACUCAUUGCCCAAAGCCCUGUGUAGGCCUAUAUAUGACUUUGAUGGGUAGAGGCGUACUUUGGUCAAUUAUGUCUUUUAACAUAUACAACAUAAUAUGCUGGUCACUGCCACUUCUGGUUCGAACUCCGCAGCAUGUCCAGUGGGUGGUGCAGAGGCGACACCCCAACAGUUGUCCUCUAGGUAUUUAGUCAAAGGACCCUGUUGUGUAGUGUAAGUGUUUGGAGGUUAUGUCCUUCACAUUUGUAUUAACUAGAAGGAGCUCUAUCUCCUUUCCAUGUGUAUGGACAAUAGUGUUCCCUGUCUGCUGCACAUUUCCCGGACUGGGAUUCUACAGUCUCCUACACAUUUCUUUGACACUAUGACACAAAAGUAUGCUGUGUCUCUAUACAUUUCUCUGAUACUUAGGCAUUCUUAACUCCUACACAUUACUCUAAGACUAAGGCAUGCUUUGUCUCCUACACAUUUCUCGUACAUCAAGGUAUUUUUCAUCUCCUACACAUUUCUCAUACAUCAAAGUAUUCUUUGUCACCUACACAUUUCUCAAGCAUCAAGAUAUUAUUCAUCUCCUACACAUUUCUCUGACAAUGAGGUACAUAUUUCAUGAACACUUAGGAUUGCUCUGUCCCUUAUAUAUAUAUGUAUUUUGUGACAGCAUUCCAUGUUAUUUUUGUUUCUAUUGUACCGGUAUGCUAAAUAUGGACCAACAAAGACUUGUAGCAAGGUUUAAAGUUUUAGCUCUACAAUAUGUUGGAGACUGUGUGUUGUCUCUAUGCUCCAUAAUGCUGAUGCUAUUGAUGAUGAUCAUUGUCAUCACUGAACUUUUCUCACCCUGUACUGGAGUAUAGGCCAUCAACUAGACAUCUCCUUGUACAUUUGUCCCAGGCUGCAGUUUCCACCUAUGUACGUCUAGCCUAUAUCCCAACUGUUUUUGGUCAGAAUCUGUGUCCCCCCUCGAAGUAGUUUGAGGCAUUCCUUUAUUUAAGUUUGCUGUUGAUGAUAGCCUAAAGCAAUUUACCAUUGUCUGCAUUAUGCUCCUUCUUUGUUAUAUCAACCCUCUCAGUUUGCUUUGUGUAUUCUUAUCAUGGUCUAGUAUGCAAAUUGUCAAUUAAAUAUUUUAAUGUUUUAAGAUCAAAUGACCCGUACCCAGCCGUGCAGUGAACUGCGAAUAAAAAACUAACUAGUUUUUUGCGCACUCAUAUGACCUUAUGCAGUUGUGAGCACCGUAAAACCUCAUACUAAACUAACUAAAAUUGUCAAUUGGAGUGCAAUUUUUUUUCGUAUUCUGUUUCAAUGAUGAAUUAUAAACUGGUUUAAACACAGAUAGUUAACUUUGGAAAAGAAGUUUGUGGCCUUCAGGGAGGAGAGAAAGACGUCAGGGGCGAUAUUUAAUAUUUCAGAGAAAAUACAGCGGAGUCCUCACAAGCCGAAUGGGGUUAAUCUGAAAAGAAAAGUGAACAGAGCUAAUUGAUUCCUUGAUGCUUUUCUAAACGGAAAAUACGACUAAGUUAAGAAGCACCGGCAGUCCUGCAGAUUUUAAUUUAAUUAAGUAGACUCUGCUGUAUGAGUGUGUUCUUUUCCUGUUCGAGGGGUGGUUGCCCCUUCUUCUGGGGUGCAGUUGUUCAGACUGUUAACUGCUCCUGUUCCCUGUGACAGUUCUUCGAUGGUAUACCUAAUGGAAAUUCUGUAAAUGUCCUUCAUGCAUAGCUCCCAACCAGUACAUCAAAAAGGUGUUUGAUAUGUUUUAUGUGGGUCUGAGCUAGGAAGUUUGUUUCGAUGUAAAAAGAAAUUGUUUUUUUGUUGUUGUUGUUAUUUGAUUUGCUGCUCAUUGAACUUUCAAGCCUGGAUUAACAAAUAAGAAUAAAAGAAUACAGCCCUAAAGUCAGUUGGACAGACUUUUACCCAAAAAAAUCAUUGACAUUUUUGUUGAAGGUCUGCUUUGAAUUGCUUGAAUUUAUUGAAUGCAGAAAAAUGUGUGUGAAGGGUUUGGAGAGAAGUUACUUGUUCAUUAUCUUGACCUGUGGUGUACGUAAGAGUCUGUGUGGUGGUUUGGAAAAGUUGGCAGCUAUGUUUGUGCCUGUGUCAAUUCCUAAACGGCGCCUGUGGAAUGUUGAGGAAAUGAAAGCCAUGGUGGUGCUGAUAUCCCAUAGACCACACUUAUCCUCUUUUGGAGAUGGGCUUUUUUAAGAACUUCACAACAGAGCUUUAGUUAUCAUAUCAAUUUGUUUUUAGUUUACAUAGAUUACCCAGUUGCCUGUUUUGUAUCUCUGUUGCUAGCAAUAGUUUGUUAUAUUUUUAUCUCUAUUAUCAGCUGAGGGCUAGGGGUGACAAUGUUGGCAUUCCCUGUUUGUGGGAAAGAUGCAUUUUUAGGGCAAAUCCAAGGUUUUAUGGACAACUCUUGAACACAGACACAUCAGGAAUUGCAGUUGGGGCAAAACUAUGGUGUGGAAUUUAAAAAUAUUUACAGUGCAGACAGGGUGCAAUAUCAUUUGAAAGUUUCCACUUAGGCUGAAUUGUACAUGGUCUCGACUAGCUCUCAGCAUAUGGUGUGGCAUUAACAAGUUGUUUUAUACAACUGGAUUUAUAUCAAUAACCCCUCCCCUGUCUCAUGUAGAAGUUGCUACCUCAGAAUUACAAAGCUCUGUCUGCUCGCCUUGUUUUUAGGAAAUUUGACGUCAAGAUUUUGAGUUUCACAUCAUGUCAAGCAUUUUCGAAUGCAAUUAUUGGUAUAUCUUGAUAAUGACCCACAAUAAUCUUAUAAUUUUGUUAGAGCAGGUAGAACAUUUGCUUUCUGACCUUAUGCUCAGAGUAACUCAACACGGCCAAAAAUGUCUGAUAAAAAUUUGUAAUUCUAAGGUGGCGAAGUGUCUUGGUUGCUUUUAAAGCUUCAGAGUAAUAUGUUGUGUAUGAGGGGUGAACAUGGGAGAUGUGGAGUGUAGUGAGAUAGAAUUUGCCUAUUUUACAUCUCUGUAUCAUUGUACAUCACUGAGGAAAGCAGCUGAAAUGCUAUGCUUAUUUUCCUAUACAAAAACUUGUCAUUACAAAAGCUCAACUUUAUUUAUCAUGUUUGUUUUGAUCUAUGUACUAUUAUAUCAUUGUAUUAUUUUUACUGCUUUGAUGUAAUUUUGUGCAGAUUUUAUUCUGUUAUGAUGAUCAACUUUUGACAAAUGUGCCCUGAACUUGUGUUUGUGAAGAAUGUAUUGCUAUGAUUUCUCUGUUCUGUGAUGUUUGCCAUUAUGGAGAUGAUGUUGCAGUGGUUGUCGUUGCUGGCAGGAGAUGUUUUGAAAAUAAUUCUCAGUUGUCACUUCAGGAGAGACAAACGUAGAAAUAAUGUGACCAUCUAAAUGGCUGUCUGUCUUAAUUUGGUGACCGACAAGAACCAGGGCUGCUCCUAUGUUUGUAGGAAGAAUCAUGAACACCCGAGCAUCCAUUAGAUUGGAUGAGAUUUAGUUCUAUCAAAAUCCUGUCCUUUAAGCCAACAGAGACUUGCUUUUUUUUAACAGGCCUACUGAGAAUGUUGCUUGAAACAGGCAGAUUAUAUUAACAGAAAGCUGUUCAAGUUUGUUGAAAGAAAUAUUUCUCCACCCGCAUUCUCGUUGCAAGUUGAUCUGGAGAUCAGGCUAUCGAGAGACGAGUUUUCUCAUCGGAGGUUGCUGAACUGAGGAGGAGGAUGAGGGAAGAAGAGCCCCAUUAAAGUUAUGAAUUUCGUUUUUUAUAAUCUUUUUUCUUUUUCACAAAAUGGUUCAGGUUGUCCUUAUCUCUCCUUUUUUCUUUUUUUUCACAUAAUUGUUCUGCUCUCAGGGGGUGCCUCAAAUGUUCUGGGCUGGUAGUGGUGAUUAAGGACUUAAGUUUGGAUUCAUGGGGCCAUGCUAUAUGUGGUGACUUCUCUCACCCUACCCCUCCCCUCCCCACAGGGGUUGGUAAGUUGUGAGUGUGUGUGUGUGUGUGUGUUUGUUUGUGUGUGUUUGUGUGCAUGUGUGUGUAACAAAUUUAUCUGAUCUCCCAUGAUUGUGUUCACUUCUGUUUGUGUUUUCCACCACAAUGAACUGUGUCGUUAUGUGUGUCUGUCACUCUCUGGCCCAUCAAGUGUCAUAUGCCAGGGCUUGAGAAAUAGGUCGCUUCAUGAGUGGAAUUUUUCCAGAAUCCUGUGAGAGUGUAUAAAGUUUUGAAUAUUCCAGCAUUUGUUCUGUACAUCGGUCUUUAAAAAGUUCCCUAUAUCUUGUUCGAUGCUAUCAGCAUCAUUGGUAUAAUGUGAUAUGGGUUCAAUUCCCAUCACAGGAAGAUAGUUCCAUGUGUACAGUGAAGUCUGCCUAAACUGAUAAUAUUUAAUCUGAAAACAGAGGGUAAACCGAAAGAAAAUGAAAUCCCUGGUUUUAUUUCUUCCAUUUGAGCAAGAUCUAAACAGAGAGCCCGACUAAACUGAAAAAAAAAAA